AUGCUGCACUGGGUAAAUCACUUGCAGGUGCUUAUGCUGGCAUAACCCCAGUUAGCCUAUGGAAGAAGUGACGCUGUGAACGGUCUGAUGCCCAAAGUGUACCAAGCCCAAGGAAUUUCGGUUAGUACAACUGAAUCACAUUCAUAAUUGUAAUGUGUAGAUGGAAGGCAUAAAUAACUUGGCCACUGAGUGCGAAAUCCUACGUUCUUUAUACCCAGAAGAAAUAUUUACCUACGAAGUGGACAAUAACACAGUUAUAAAGGGCACAUUCACCGCUCACCCGAAGGUUCUUUUAAAAACAAUCGUCACUGGACCGAGAUACAAUCGUCAAUUACAUUUCACGAAAAAAAUCUCAGGCCAAUCUUCUGUUAUGGAGUGUCAGUAUGAACUUGACUAUCUCCCUCCAAUUUAUCUGGAUUUCCAUGAAUCAAUUGAUGGAGACCGUCCCAGGACAUUUAUUUCUCCCAAUUCCAUGUGGUUAUCAUCCGAGUUUAUCUCACGUUUGAAAAACGAACUAGAAAACAUAUUGCAAAGCCCAACUUAUGAAUCACCUCUCUGGUCUUGCUUCGAGUACGUGGAAAAUAAUGCGAUGCACCUCUUAUUUCCUGUUUCGACGCCUGGAUUUUGUCUCAUCGACCCGUUAUCCGUAUUUAAUAACGACGAGCUCGCGUCGAGGCAAUCCAUGGAGGUUUUAUUGGGUACUAAUGAAGCGGAACUGGAGGCCAGAUACAGAAGCUCUUACCACGAAUGCCCUGUCUGCGCCUCCUCGAAAAAAGGAAGUAAAUUUGUUCGUCUAAGCCAGUGCUCCCAUGCUGCAUGUUUUAGUUGCAUGAAGGAGGCCUUCUCCGUUCAAGUCAAUGAGGGCUUCAAUGAAGGCAAUCCGCAGUGUUUGUUUUGCGAUGCGAAUGCCACGCAGUUCGAGGUAAGCUCUUAUUAACUUUCGAAAUCUACUCCUUUCGGAGACCUCUACGUAUCAAUUAGGUUUCCUUUUGACGGCACUUAUGCGUAUUUUGUCAUGCGGGACAUUGUUUGCUUAGGGCAGGCGACCAGUUAAAAGACCACAGAUGUGUGCGAGGUAGAAUGUUCGACAGCGAACCAGCGGGAAAUGGGUUAGUGGCCGGGUGGAAAGUGAAAUGGUUGGCGACACUAACCAAAAGGGGUGGAACAGAAGUUUCCACGGACCUCAUAAGAAAUGGAAAGAAUAAGAAUCAGCAACAAUAGUCAACUUUAAGUCUCUGUAGAAGGCAAGCUCUUUUGAAAUCAUCGUUACAUUAAAGAAAUGCUAAUCUUAACCAAGCCGAACGAUUGUGUGCCACUGUCAGUAAACGAUCCAGGAUAAGAGGCAGAGCUCCUUGGUACUUAAUGUCAAUAGUGUUCAUCUUCGAUGAGCUGACCCUAAUUACUCUCGUAACCUAUACAUUUUCCAAAAGUCUAUCAAGUGCGGUCGCGUCUUCUUAUUUUGCAUCUCCAAGUGACGCGUACUAUCGUUUGGAGCUUCGUGGGUCAGCCGACUGGAACUCUGGUUGUGCCUCAGCUAUUCCCUUCCUGUCAGGGUUCGAACCCCGCCAAGGUUCCCGGAAUUCCCACAUUUGGGCAUUCGGUUUACUAAUACUCUCUGUCGCCGGCACAUAGUUGUCCAUAUAAUUCCCGGAGUGCCCAUGAAGAUUGCUUUUAGGUGCACAGCCUUAUUGCCUAUGCUUUGCCGGUACUCCUACUCGUGUCUCAACAAGAUUCGUUAUGUUUUGAAGUUGUCAGCAAAAAUGAACAGUUAGAAGCGUUUUAUGGUGCCAUAGUUUACGGCCUUGCCGGAUCGGCGAUGGAUACUGAUAUUAUUGAAAUACACUCAAGUUUUUUGGAUCAGCUACUGCGCUAUUUGCUGUCACUUCCUUUCAUUUUGUUACCAGACAGUGCGACCAAAAGAGUACCCAAAUAACGAUUUAGUUUAGAAAUCUCAUAGUUUUCAAUUAUGCGAACUGGUGAUACCCGAUAACGGCCAGUACUCUUGCUGGGAAGCAAUUGUAGCUUGCGCACGAAUUAUAAUGAUUGUAGCCUAGGUGGAAUUUACCCCACUCUUUUUUCCCAUAGCUAUCCACUUUCGAGACACAGUCAAGGGGAUUAGGCGUAGGUAUUAGUCAGUGGCUAGCCUGUCAUUAGGAAAAGGGUGGUGCAAGGAAAGAGAGUUAAGGAUGCUGUGGAAUCCUUAUUUCGGCCAAGUCACAAGUGCGCCCUUAGGACAGUUGCGGUUCUUCCGUCGUUCCCGUCACAAGGUCCAUCACUCUACAUGAACCCGACUGAUAAUCCAGACCGCGCCUCAGUGAGGCUUGCCAUACAGGCCACAUUGAGGGGGCAUUAGAGCCUCACCCUCAUUCUAGGAAACCAAGUUACUACGUCAAGUGACAAUCUCCCAGGUCACGACCUUUUUCGCAUCAUGACAAUUCAGACCCGUGGGACGUGCACUGAACCGGCCUCGAUGUUUUCCCCUCUCGUACCAUGUGCCAGUGGCGGGUCCGAAUCAAGUUGACUGUAUGUGAAAUCAGUUACACUGGUUGGCGCGGAACAAGACUCCCGUCUACCACUUGCCACACCCGCUUGACACCCGUUUAAGCCUCUUGUGCUACUUGUAACUUGGUACGGCUGUGAUCAUGCCUGACCUUGCCAGCCUCGAUGAUGUCCCGAACUGUACCUCUCCAUGCGUGACGAUCCGCGGCAGCAGCUAAGCUAACGGACAACCCUUCUUCCCGGUCAUAGGUCACGCCUCCCAAAUUCAAUCGUUCUAAUGACCUCCGUCUUGAAGAUAUGAUAGCUGAGAAUUUACGAUACGUUCCAACAUGAAAAAACUUUUAAUGACUAUUUUUGUUUAUUGCCUAACUUUUAUCCGACUGUUCAAGCCUUCCGUUCUGUCCAUUGAAUAUGGCCGGGUGCCACGGAUGCAAUAAGGCGAAUCCAGCAAUAGCAAACCAGUGUUAUUUUAGUGAAACGUUUGAAGGGAUUUAGGUCCCCGUAUCCUCAGACAGAGGCAAACGUUUCCUCAUUUGUCAGAUCUGUUUUUAGGCUAUUAAUUUAUUGCUCGCAGGUUUGCGGCUCUAAUCUGUCUUCUUCUUUAGAUCCGUAG